AUGUCCGACAACCAGCCAGCCGGCAGCAGCGAGGACGGACUCGGUUUCAGAAUCGAAGGCUUCGGCGUUGUGAUUCUUCCUUUCUCUCUUCUCGAGCACCUCCUACAUCUGACGCGUCCCGAGAUCGAAGCCCAGAACCGAUCCGACCACACCGUGAUUCACUCGGCGUUGUUGGGCUCCUCGGAGUUCCAUGACCUGGUCGAGGAUGGCACCAUCCCCGUGCACCCGCUGGAUCUCAUUUCUCUGUCUGAUGAGGAUGGUGAUGGGGGUGAAGCUGACAACAAUGACAAUGGCGGCGGCCUCUUGGAUGCCAAUAAUGCUACUGUCGCUGCUUUGUAUCAAGAUAUCCCCGAUGAGGAGGUGGAGGACGUGGGGGUAGACGACUGGGAUGAGAUGGAGUAUGUGGAGGAGGAGGAGGAAGGUGAAGAAGAAGACGAAGUGAUGGAUGUGGCACGAGAUGAGUUGACCUGCGCCAAUGAGAUACCCACCUAUGCCAGUGUCAGCGGGCUUUGCAGUCGAAUUGUCCCUACGUCCGUGAAUUUGCCUCCUGCAGCCCGCCGAGGAAGUCCUAACUGCCGGCUGUACAGCUAUGGAAACGCCGUCUUCGUCAUCUGCAACACCAGCACUUGUCAUUCUCGGCGGUUCACCGCUCAACGGCAGACUUGCAAUCGAAUCUACAAUAAUUGCCGGCGGAGAUCCAAGGGUGGCUAUGUGAAGUAUAGUGGCAACGCGGGCUUUUCGUCUUCGUAUCGCUCUGGCACUACACGGCGGCCUCCGGCGUAUGCAGUGUGCUAG